AUGGCAUCCCUAAAUCAAGACCAAAUAAAAACCCUCGAACAAUCCCGCCAACGGCUCGUCCAGCUCACCCGCUCGCUAGCCUCUCUAAUCGGCAGCCUAAACCAAAGCGACCCGCUUCCAUCAUGGUCCUCUCUCCAAUCCCAAGCAGGAAUCAUCUCAAAUAACCUCCUCAGCAUUUCCGAGCAUCUCUCCGAUAACCGCGACCUCCUCUCCGCGCUCGCCCCGACACUUGAGCAACUCCUUCGCACGAAACUCGACCCCCGGGUUGAGGACUGGGUAUCGCGCGGUCGGCGGGCGGGGGCGUCUGCGCUUGAGGACCGGGGUGCCUUGAGUGAGAGUGCGCUUGCGGAGCUGUGGGAUUGGGCGCCUGUCGAGGCGAACCAGGAGGCGAGGAGGAGGAAUUGGGGUGGGAAUUUCACGCUGGAGGAGAGGGAAAUGGGCAUUCAGAAUGUCGUUACUGGGUUGAGGAGGCAGGGAGGGGAGGAGGAGGAGAUGGAGGUUGUUGGUGUGCGACGUAGGUCUGGUGCGGGCGCUGGAUUGGAGUUUGAUAUUGCGGCGCCGACGCCAGGGUCACGGCAGCAGCAGCAGCAGCAGAAAGCAGCUGGGCCUGCGGUCCCCUUGGAGGAUAUUCUACGGUAUAUGACUACGGGGAUACCGCCGACGCAGCGCUGA